AUGCAACCUGCCCCACACCUUUCUGCUGACGGUAACAGCGCAAGAGGUCCUCGUCCUACGCUGGUCACCUGGGAGCAAGUUCGUAGAGAUAUUCGGGCGUACCGUAACUCGGCGCAGCCGUCGAACGUUAUUAAUAUAAAGGAGUUCUGCUUUGACGACACAAACAAUUGCGUAUACUUCUUAGCUACGGAUCCUGCUCGAUUCAAGAGCUCGACUCUAUUUGUAGUCGAAUUGCCAAAAGUCGAGAGGAGCGAUGGAAAAGUGAAAUAUAGUAGGGACAGCAUGAAGGAUGAGCGAACAGCACCCGACAUGGAUGAAGGGCGAAAUGAGAAUUCAAAAUUUGAUGGUGAAUUAUCAGAAUGGCGACCAUUAUUACCUGAGCCGUGGUUGCAAGAGAAUCCCACUUCAGAGACACUAUCGAGAGAGGAAUUGCUUUCAAAGGAGAGAAGGAGAUUGGCGCUUCAAGGGAUUGCGAAUUAUCAAUUUGAGAAAAGUAGUGGACAGAUAUUGUUCAACUAUGGGAAUGGAGUGUACGUUGGCCGAAUUGAGCGAACUGAUACGACCAUCAACUUCACACCACGAGCGAUAACUAGUCAGACCUUUAGCAACUUUCUCGCAGACGCAAUCCUGUCUCUCCCCUUUCGUUUAUCAUCACACUGCCUACACUCACCUUCACCUAUGUCCAACCCAAACCCGUCAUUCUUCCCCUCAACUGCUUCACCAUCCUCUUACUCCCCCAGUUCUUCAUCUAAUUCCUCAUCCCAUUCCUCUUCGCACUCAUCUUCACCUUCUCCCACUCCAUCUGGUUCGCCGCUGAUGGCGACAACAGCAACAAAGUCAACGGGUUUGGGUUACUCACUCCCGCGACUAGAUCCAAAAUUAGGCGGAAGGAAUUUUAAUCUUGUUGCUUUUAUACGGGAUAGGGAUAUAUGGGUUACGACAAUGAAGGGGUAUGAAACGAGGCUGACUUUCUGUAGUGAGCAUCCAGAUGCAAGAAGAGAAGCAUUGAGCUGUGGGAUUGCCGAGUAUGUCAUGCAGGAAGAAUUUCACAGAUUCACCGGCUACUAUUGGGCACCGCCAUCGGUAAACGAGUACUUAAAUGAUAAGAUAGAACGUAUUCUUUAUAUACAAAUAUCAGAAGCAGCAGUUGGUCUAGUGCUCAUUCCUCGACCAGGAUCGCAUGGAGAAGUAGAAGAACAUCAUUACCCGAGAGCUGGCACAAAUAAUGCCGUAGGUGACUUGCAACUGGUGGAAUUCAUACCUCGAUAUGAUAGUGGUGACAGCGAGGUAGCAGCAUUUGGUCCCGUGCAUAAACGUUUAUGGGGAAAGGCAUCUCUAGAGAAAAUGUUUCCGUGGUCGGAAUAUAUUGUCAGAUUUGGGUGGUGUCCUGAUGGGAAAAGCAUAUGGGCGCAAUUACUGGACCGGGCACAACAACACACAGCAGUUGUGAAAAUUCCUGUAACGAAUUUCAUGACUCCAAUGGAAUAUGAAGUUUGUGGUGACAGAGCAGAUGAGGCGUACAUGGAACACAUCGAAAUAGUCUUUGAAGAGAGGAGCGAUACUUGGAUAAAUGUAACAGACAUAUGUUACUUCUUCCCCCAUGUCCAUACCCUAUCUUUGCUUUCUCAGCAAUCACCUUCAGCAAAUCAUUCUUGUAACUCACCCACCAAACUUUUAAUACCGUCCGAACGCACUGGCUAUCGACAUCUUUAUUUCAUAACUCAGCCCUCACCGUCAUCACCAUACAAUCUACGCCAGAUAACUUCAGGUGACUGGCCGGUAGUCGAUCGUCCAAUUUUUGUGGACUCUGUGCGCGAGCUAGUCUACUUCACUGCCAAGAAGGACACAUUUCUUGAAACGCACUUGUAUGUUGCUAGUUUCUCACCGUCAGCAGAUCCGACAGCUAUAGUACGUCUAACAAAAUUGGGUUAUAGUCACGUUGCUAUCAUGGAUGAAAAGUGUGAAAAGUUUUUAGAUUGGUUCUCGAGUACAGAGGAAAAGCCGAGGUGCAUGGUGAGAUAUUUGGAAUGGCGAAAGGGAAAUAUAUUUCCAAACGUUAGUGAACGAGUCGGAGUCAGCAUAGGAUAUGGAUUUGUGGAAGACGAGGAGAAGGGUGACGGAAGAUUGGAGGAGAAAAAGGUGCCAGCGGGAGAGUUUUUUGAAUUUGUAAAUAGCGAUGGCGUUACUAUAUAUGGUUGCUUAUAUCGGCCUGAAAAUUAUGUGCCCGGGAGGAUAUAUCCUACUUUGUUAAACAUUUACGGUGGGCCAAAAUCACAGAUGGUGACAAACGACUAUAAAUAUCCACGUCUUCUCCGCUUAUUCCUUGCGAGUAAACUCGGCUUUUGCGUGGUUUUAAUCGACGGACGUGGUUCAUCUGACCGUGGCAUCGCAUUUGAAGCUCAUCUCAAGAACCGUAUGGGUACAGUGGAACUGGAAGACCAGAUUGCUGGAUUGCGAUAUCUCUCUUCUCGUAAUAUGGGAGUUGAUUUGACGCGAGUGGCUAUAACAGGAUGGAGCUAUGGAGGGUAUUUGAGUCUGAUGGCUCUUGCACAGCAUCCUGAUGUUUUUAAAUUGGCUAUUGCGGGAGCACCAGUAUCGCAAUGGGAAUUGUACGAUACUGCUUAUACCGAGAGAUAUAUGGGAUUGCCAAGUGAUAACAUUGAAGGAUAUCGAAAAGGAAGUGUGUUGUAUUGGAUCGAUAAGUUUCCCGACAGUGAGAAUCGAUUGCUCAUUGCCCAUGGCCAGAUAGAUGAAAACGUGCAUUUUGAAAAUUCAGAACGAUUGGUCGCAGCACUUGUCAAACACAACAAGCCUCACGUACUUCAACCGUACCCUACUGAACGGCACGGACUACGACAUGCGAAUGUGGCUGAGCAUUUUGAGACACUGAUGUUCUUCUGGCUCAUGAAUUAUUUAUGA